GCCAGUAAAGUGAUGUCUGUAAGGCGCUCUGCAAGUCUUCACCGCCUCACUUACCUCUAAUUAUCACGUAACAUCGACGUCGUCGAUGCAACAUUCAUGGUGUAAGAUCAUCGGGAAUUGCUAACUUCCACGCAACAAGCUUUAGUGACAAAACAUUUUAUAUUUGAGGAUUGUCGGCAUACGCCGGUACUGGUUUCGCUUGUUGGAGAUUUCCCCGCGGGUCGAGUUUAUUAACACGAGUGAAGUGUGCUGCAGAGACCAGUGCUCUCGUUUCACAAAUUAUUACACUCGGACCAUGACAUAGUUUACCGCACGUGUGUUGCUCAUUAAUUGUGGACAAGUUGGUUUUCAACUAACAGCUGUUCUCUAGAAGUGACCGUUCACCGCUGUCAACCUGGAGGACUUACUAGCCAUGCCAGUGUCCCUUACCAUGGACCUGGACAUGAAUAUCAAAUGUGAACCCGGCAGUCCGUCCUUCUUUGGUCGCUGUUCCCAGCAGUCUCUGGACGACAGCUUCCUGGGCCGUGAAGUUCUGCCUGACUAUAGCAACCAUGGGGAUUACAGCCCUGACCACACCUACCAGACAGACAACAAGGAUUUGUUACAAAGUAUUGACACCUGCAGCUCUCCUAGCAGCACAGAGGGCUGUAAAACAGACUACUGCUCCAGUUCGCUGUCUUCUGACCAGGAGAAUGCAGACAGCCCCAAGAAAAUCUGUUUAGUUUGUGGUGAUAUAGCAUCAGGUUAUCACUAUGGGGUGUCCUCUUGCGAGGCCUGCAAAGCCUUCUUCAAAAGAACCAUUCAAGGUAAUAUUGAAUACUCUUGUCCAGCCAGCAGUGAUUGUGAAAUAACAAAGAGGAGACGAAAAGCCUGCCAAGCCUGUAGAUUUCAAAAAUGUCUCAACGUUGGUAUGCUCAAAGAAGGUGUGCGAUUGGACAGAGUACGAGGCGGCCGUCAGAAGUACAAACGAAGCCCAGACUCACAAGUGAUCGUUGUUCAUCAACAGUUGCAUCAUUCACGACAGCAGAACAACCAUCAAUCAUCACAACAACAACAGCAGUCGCAGCAGCAGCAACAACAACAACAACACACACCAUAUCAGCAGAUCAUAGCUCCUGCGAAAAAAUUCUGCACUGAAGAGAACAAACUGUUAUCAGCUCUCUUGUCGGUGGAAGCUCAGCUAGACCGGUUACUGGCCCUUCCUGAUCCCAGCAUGCCCGAUGAUGAGGUGAAGUUCAUGUCCGUCAUGUCAGAUCUGGCAGACCGUGAGCUCGUACUGACCAUCAGUUGGGCAAAACAGGUGCCAGGGUUCGUGAACCUGUCAUUGAGUGAUCAAAUGAACCUGUUACAACACUCCUGGCUGGACAUCCUCUGUUUUAACCUGUCCUACAGAUCAACUCCAUACAAUGGACAGUUGGUUUUCGCUGACGACUUCAAGCUCUCCCAAGAGAAAGCCAGUUUAUUCAAGAGCCCUGUGGAUUUUGACCACUUGAGUCGAAAGUUAGCCAAGAAAGUAACCUUGCUUGGAGUUACCACUGAAGAAUAUGUCCUUAUAAAGGCCCUGGUGCUAUGUAAUCCAGAUGCCAAUGUGGAGAAUGAAGAGGCAGUCCACCAAUUUCGAGACAAGAUACAGGACUGCUUGAUUGACUACGUCAAGCGGCGGAGUGGCGGGAACAUGCGCAGGGUGGGAAACAUUCUGCUGCUCUUACCAAUACUCACACAAAUCAAAUUACUGGCCAAGAAAUACUGGUUUGAUGUGAAGAAAGAUGGACGUGUACCAAUGCAUAAGCUUUUCCUGGAAAUGCUUGAGGCGGAUUCUUGAUAAAAAAAAGUCCAAUUGGUUAACCUUUGACCUUUAGAUAUCCAGGAGGACUACAUGCCCCAGAGCAGAAAAUUGCCAUGGAGUGUGUACAUUGAGCAUGAAGAUUUGUUAUGUUAAUGUUGACAGUGGUAUGCCAAAAUUGUAGAUGCUACGAGUUGUGAUGGCUAUGGGAGAACCUGCAGUUUGAGAAAUAUAUAUAUAUAUAUAUAUAU